UAUAUGAAGAACCGGCGUUUGUGUCUUUACUUAAAGCCAAAAUAGAAAAAUAUCUGGGUUCUCUAGGAACGAUUAAUCUAUGGACUACUUUAUUCAAAUACGAUGAGUUAACAAUUAGUAUGCGUCAACGAAAUGAUACAGCAUACCGUGACUUACUCUCGAGAAUCCGGAUUGGUAAUGUCACGAACAAUGAUUUAAAAACUCUUGAAUCCAGACAAAUUCAAUUUAAAUCUUCAACUGCUGCUCUCAGAUUACAAGAACUUUGCACUUACAUUAAUAAAUUACCCUGUGAUGCAGUUUGUUUGUUACCUACUCGUCACAUGUGCGAUGUUCUUAAUACAGCAAUGUUGCAACAAAUAUCGUCGGAUGAAAUAAUAUUGUUGGCACGAGAUACUAUCGAUUGUCCAGUUUAUUUAAAAAAGAAGAUUUCUACGAUACUGACAAAAAAUGAUGAAGAUAGUUCUUGAACUGCCGGUCUUUCUAAAAGUAUAAUUAUUAAAAUAGGAGCAAAGAUAAUGAUUAGGAGAAACAUCGACGUUACUUUAGGUCUUGUUAAUGGCACCAUUGGUCAGGUGACUUCUGUUCAACGAACUGUAGAUGGAACAGAUAUUGAGGCGAUAAAAAUGAAGUUGCCUUCAGGAAAUGAAUAUUCAAUAGAACAGGUUACCGUAAAGUUUCAGGUGAUGGACAGUGCCUUUGUAUUUCGUAAGCAAUUUCCCAUUUCUCUUAGCUAUGGAAUUACUAUCCACAAGAGUCAAGGACUCACUCUGAAUAAUGCCGUCAUCGAUGCUGGCAAUCAUGUGUUCAGUUGUGGUCAAAUUUACGUUGUCCUCUCGCGCGUUACCUCUAUGGAUGGAGUGCAUUGGAUCAAUUACGAUCCACAAUCCAUCAAAGCAAGUGAAGAAGCAAUUGUUGAAUAUAAUCGAUUAAAAAAAUUAUAUAAACCUGUGGUCCCAGAAAUUCCUAUUCCAAAGAAACGUCAUCAAAAAAGGAAGGAUUUCGUGUGGAUAACAGACACAAAUAUCAUUGAUGUUCAAGAAAUGAUACAAGAAAAUACUGUUAAAGUCCAUCAUAACAUCAAAGGAUUAAAAAAUAUUGAUAACGUUUCUUGCUAUGCUAAUGCAAUCAUGCAAUGCAUUGUCCAUUGUGCACUGAUCAACAGAACGUUAAGAAAUCAAAAAACUUCUGAUGCUCUUACUCGUUUCAUAACUUGCUACUUGCAGGGUGAAUCGAUAGAUUCAUUCGAAAUUAGAUAAUUUGCCCGUGAAAAGUUUUGUACAAA